AUAGCAACAGUUGCCCCCAUGACGUGACGGCGCGGCCGCCAUUAUGGCCUGAAAACUGAAGGAAAACGCCGAAAAAUCUUGAUUUGAAACAGCGCCAUCUACAGACUGUUACCCAUAACAUAACAGAGCUUCGCCUCUUGGGCUUCUAUACUCUUUGUCUGUAGUGAUGUCUGAGGGGGUUUUGUGCUGAUUUAGCAUCGAUAAUAUAACCGAAGAAGUGAUUUUCAGAUUUCUGGACUGAAACUGCUUGAGAAAAUGUUUCACACAUUUUUGUUUUGUUUGUUCAUGUGGCGUCCGAUGGGUGUGUUUGGUGAUGAAGUGAAGUCAGUGUCAGUGAUGGAGGGAGAUUCUGUUACUCUACACACUGAUAUUACUGAAAUACAGACAGAUGAUCAGAUACUGUGGAGGUUUGGACCUAAAGAGACUCGUAUAGCUCAAAUCAAUAAAGCAGCUAAUAAGAUCUCAAUAAAUGCUGAUGAUCUUGAUGAGAGAUUCAGAGACAGACUGCAGGUGAAUAAUCAGACUGGAGAUCUCACCAUCACAAACAUCAAUACUCAACACACUGGAAUGUAUUAUCUUAUCAUCCUCAGCGCUAGAAAGAUCUCAUACAGAUUCAACGUUACUGUCUAUGGUGUUGUUGGUGAUGAAGUGAAGUCAGUGUCAGUGAUGAAGGGAGAUUCUCUUACUCUACACAGUAAUAUUACUGAAAUACAGACAGAUGAUCAGAUACUGUGGAGGUUCGGACCUCAAGAGACUCUGUUAGCUCAAAUCAAUAAAGCAGCUAAUAUAGUCACAAUAUAUGAUGAUGUUCUUGAUGGGAGAUUCAGAGACAGACUGCAGUUAAAUGAUCAGACUGGAGAUCUCACCAUCACAGACAUCACAACUCAACACACGGGACUUUAUUAUCUCAUCAUCCUCAGCACUAGAAAGAUCUCAUACAGAUUCAACGUUACUGUCUAUGUGUCUGCAGGUGUUGUUGGUGAUGAAGUGAAGUCAGUGUCAGUGAUGGAGGGAGAUUCUGUUACUCUACACACUGAUAUUACUGAAAUAAAGACAGAUGAUCUCAUACUGUGGAGCUUUGGACCUCAAAAGUCUCUCAUAGCUAAAAUUAAUAGAGAAGCUAAUAUAAUCUCAAUAAAUGGUGAUGUUCUUGAUGGGAGAUUCAGAGACAGACUGCAGGUGAAUAAUCAGACUGGAGAUCUCACCAUCACAAACAUCACAACUCAACACACUGGAGUUUAUCAAGUAAUCAUCAGCGGCAAACAGAAGAUCUCUUACAGAUUUAAUGUUACUGUCUAUGAUUCUGUCAAGCUGUGAUCUGAUUGGUCGUCUGUGCUCUGGUGGGUGUGGCUGCUGUUGUUGUACUGGUUUAUGACAUCAGAUCCAGGAAAGCUGAACAGGAGAGAUCAGAUCAACAUUAUUUUCUCACAUGUAGAAAAUGUUCACACUACUAAAAGUAUUUUAUAGACCAAAGUAUUAAAUGACUUUAUUUUCACUACUCAUUUAUUUUUCUUCAUUGUUUGGGUGUUUAGAGGACUUUAACAUAUUCAAACACAUUUAAUGUAGUGAUCUGUCAUUCAUCAUUAUUGAUCUGUCAGUUGUGUUUGUUGUGUUGAUGAUGUUUCCCUCUAGUGGAUGAAUAACAAAACAUUCAGCUUCUAACAGAUCACAAGUGCAGAAUAUAUACUGUAUGUACUUACAUGUAUACUUAAAACUAACAAUGCUUUUUAUAUUCUGUAAUAAUUUUGCACUGUGGUAUAGAAAAUGUAUAAUAUAGAAAAUUCAAAAUAAAAAUACAAUCUAAACCUUUAA